UUUCUCUUGACGUGUCUUAGGAAACAAACUUCAUCCAUAAUGUCUGGCAGAGGUAAAACCGGCGGAAAGGCCAGAGCGAAGGCAAAGACUCGCUCGUCCCGCGCUGGGCUCCAGUUCCCCGUCGGUCGUGUCCACAGGCUGCUGCGUAAAGGCAACUACGCACAUCGCGUUGGUGCCGGCGCCCCCGUCUACCUGGCGGCUGUACUGGAGUACCUGACCGCUGAGAUCCUGGAGCUGGCUGGAAACGCCGCCCGCGACAACAAGAAGAGCCGUAUCAUCCCCCGCCACCUGCAGCUGGCCGUCCGCAACGACGAGGAGCUCAACAAACUCCUGGGCGGAGUGACCAUCGCUCAGGGCGGCGUGCUGCCCAACAUCCAGGCUGUUCUGUUGCCCAAGAAGACCGAGAAGGCCCCCAAGUCCAAGUAAAGCAAAGCUGAUGGAAACCACCGACACAAAGGCUCUUUUAAGAGCCACACACUCUCCU